AUGUCUACCACCUCCAUUCGUACGCUGCACCACAUCAAACCACCCUGGUGGAUAUCACACGAAGCUGGGGGAUUGGCGUGUGGGACACAGGCUAAAGUGAUCUCAUUGCAACCGCCCUUUUAUGAGACGAGCGUGGGUUCUCGAGCCAUUCGCUAUAAGUGGGAUCCGGAGGGCAGGAAUGACUUGAUUGGCUGCAAAGUCACAUUCGUAUCAGCCACCUCUGCUGACACCAAACCCGCGAAAGUGGUGUCUGUGGGCAUCAGUGAUGGCGAAGUCAUCCUUGGUGGACUGACGCCCAGAACGCUAUACACAGUGAAUGUGGCUGUAACUCGAGGCGAAAAGGAGGUUUACAGUACUUGGGACAGAAUAAAAACACUGGCCACCGGUAAGUUUGGAUGCGUGGUUUUGCAGCGUGUAGUUCCAAGAGGGAAUGCCUUUUUCACAGACUGCAUAAAGAAAAGUAGGCGUUGCAACUAA